AUGAACUCAGUGGUGAGGCAGUUAUCAAGCUUAUUCAGAAGUUCAGGUCUCACAACUGAACCGUUCAAUAUUGGGCAUCAGCAAAUGAAGCAGCAGCUUCAGCAAUGCAGAUGCAUUCGAGUAAAGGUCGUAAAUGGGAACUUGGAAGCGGCAUUAGCUUUGAUGCAGCGUAAGAUGCAAGGAAGUGGGAUUGAGAGAAUGAUAAAGCAGGAACAAAGAUUUCAUUUAAAAAACUCUGAGAAGCGUAUUUUAGCCCAAAAGAACUUGGAGCGAAGGCUUCGGUCUGAGGAUCUUGCUAAGAAACUUAAGGCCAUUAUGAUCAAGAAAGUCAGGUAUUUAGCUCCUAUAUAA